CGGGCGGUGGGCAGGCUGGGAGUGGCUCCGACGCCUUCCUCCUCCUCCUCCUCCGCCGCUGCCUGACGUCAGCCCGCGGUCCCGCUCAGUCGCGGGCGGCGAGGAUGGCUGGGGGGCGGCGGGCGGCGGCGCUCGCCCUGCGCUGGGGCUGCUGCUGCCUCCUGCUCUGCUGCGCAGCGGCCGGCAAGCUGGAGGUCUCCAUGCCGGCGGUGGUCGAAGUGGCGUACGGGGACACAGCCAGGAUCGAGUGCAACUUCUCCAUCCCCGGAAACGGAUCCUACGCCUACAUCAACUGGUUCUACAUCGACCGCCACAGCCGGGUGAAGCUGUGCUCCGUGGUGGGCGGCGAGCUGCUGGAGGAGAGCGCCGACUACAAGGGGCGGCUGUCGGUGGGCAACGACAACGCCCUCUCCGUCGCCCGCGUGGCCGUGCAGGACGCCAGGACCCUCGUGUGCCAGGUCGGGGCCGGCGGCCACGGCGCCGGCGAGAACCGCACCGAGCUCCGCGUCUACAAAAUCCCCGAGGCCCCUGAGAUCGUGGCCAGCAGAGGCGGCAUCUCCGUGCAGAGCAGAGACAUCCCGCAGGUCGCCUCGUGCGUGAGCAGGAACAGCUUCCCGCCCCCCAACAUCACCUGGCACAAGAACGGGGAGCAGCUGCAGGCCGAGGAGAACAAGGUUAAAAUCCCGGAGAUAGUGACCCGCGAGUCCAGCUGGCUGUACACGGUGAGCAGCAGCCUCUUCGCCUACGUCACCCGCGAGGACCGCGACUCCCUCUACCACUGCACGGUGCACUACUGGCUCCGGGGGCAGAGGCACGCCGUGGAGUCGCAGCGCGUCAAAGUCACCGUCUUCUACCCCGCGCAGCACGUGACGCUGCGGGUCUUGCCGUCCCCGGCGCUGGUGAAGGAGGGGGACGACGUGAGGCUGGUCUGCGAGGCUGACGGGAACCCAGCGCCCGUCUUCAGCUUCUACAAGAGAGAGCUGGAGGACAGCUGGCAGGACGUGACAUCACUAGCAGACACCAGCACUGGGGUGCUGAACCUGCAGGAUGUGAAGAAGAGCAGCAGUGGUCUGUACAGGUGCCAGACCCUUGACCUGGAUGAUAUGAGACAGCUGGAGAAAGAUGUAGAGCUUGUUGUGAACUAUAUCGAAGGGGUCAGUGUCAAGAUGGAUCCAUCCUCACCCCUUAGGGAAGGAGACAGCGUGAGGCUGAGCUGCAAUGCUGACAGCCCCGUGGACCUGGACUUCCAGUGGAGGGAUGCGAAGGGCAGGAAGGUUGCAGAAGGGAAACAGCUUCUCCUGAGCAAUCUUACCUUCGAAACCUCCAGCAACUUCAGCUGCAAGGUGACUGCGCACAGUGUGCCGGGGCUGGAGAAGAGCAAGCAGGUGGCUGUGGCUGUCCAGGGGAAGCCGCGGAUCGUGUCCAUCAGCUCGCCGCUCUACGUGCGGCAGGACGAGGUGGUGAACCUGACCUGCAAGGCCAUCGCUUUCCCCCGGCCCUCCGUGCAGUGGAAUAUCAAUGGGACGGCUCACGAGUACAUGGAGAACCAGCACAUCGCCAGCAACCUGACAGUGCGUGUGGACCAUGACCUGCUGCGAGCAGGAGCCAUGUGCAGGGUCACCAAUGCACUGGGCACCAGUGAGAAGCACAUCCAGCUGCUCGAUCACAAGACGCCGGAGAGCAAAGGCGUGAUCAUCGUGGCCAUCAUCGUCUGCAUCCUCGUGGUGGCGGUGCUGGGGUCUGUCAUCUACUUCUUGCACAAGAAAGGCAAGAUCCCGUGUGGCCGCGCUGGCAAACAGGACAUCACAAAGCCAGAGGCGCGUAAAGACAAGAUUGUAGUUGAAGUUAAGUCAGAUAAACUUUCCGAAGAGGCGGGGCUCCUGCAGGGCGCCAACGGCGAGAAGAGGCCUGCCGCUGACCAGAGCGAGAAAUACAUCGAUCUGAGAAACUAGAGAGAAGAAUCUACUAAGUGCUUUCGUCCUUCAAGCCUUUCCUGCUCUUGGACUGCCUCGUCCCACCCCUGCGCCGGCGCCUGGGGCGUGCGGCCAGGGACGGUUCCCGCGGCGCGGCGCUGAGCCCGCGGCGCGUGGAGCAGCACCUCCCCGCCCGACCGUGCGUUACCUCGCCUGGGGGCUUCCAGGCUGUCGGCUUAGCAGCAAACUUGGACUCGCUUCCUACUACACAGAAGUCACAGGCGGUGUUGGAAAGAGCCCGUUAAGCUACCUGGCGGAAGGAUUUGAGCCUUCGGCAGGCAAUCUGUUCUGUACAAGUGUGGGAAGGGUUUGAUGCAUUUUUGCCCCAAGCUUGCUCAGAAAAGCUGGCUAAGUCUUGCUUUUACUCAGAGCUCUCCUUGGGGCAGCCCAAUCGCCUUAGCCGUAGCUGCGUGCAGGUAAGUUGAAGCAUGUAAGUGGUGCAAGUUAGAGCCGGGUUUGCCAGGCUGCCCGGAGGGCGGCGGAGCCCCGUUAGUUCUUUGCUUUUCCGUUGGGCCGCUCUUGCCGGGCGGGUCUGGCCCGGCACGUCCCGGCGGCGCUGCACGGGUGGGGAGCUCCGCGAACGGUAGCUGUGAUCCCGCUGGAAGCGAGUAGUGGGCAGGAGGAGGACGGGGUGCUGGAGCGCCCGCGCACGUCACCAGCCCUGCGUUUGGGGGGCUGUGGGGGUCUCGUUUGUGCCGUAGCCUUGCUUCGCGAAGGGGAGGGCGUCCCCUUCCCGCACCCUCAGGAACUGGGUCACUUCUAGGGCGGCUGUACAGCUGCUGGGAGCAGUGGGCCCUGGGGCCCCCAAAUUUCAAGCUGAGGAAUGUUAGGCCAGGACUAGUCAGUGAUGUCUCAGGUUUUCUUGUGCUGAAGAACAUCAGCCCCCAGUCAACUUGGUGUGUUUUUGCGCUUCAGCGGCACCUCUGGUCCCGUAGCCGUGCCGGUGGCCGAGCAGGUCGGGUGCCGGACAGCCUGCCCUUCCGUGCGCUGCCGUGGCUCUGUCCCGCUCCCCGCCCUCCAAACGCGGCUUUUCCUCCUAGAGAUAUCAGCCCCCCCCCCCCGAGGCCCCCUCAUUUCCUCCCAGUCACGUACUGCUACUCUGUCGGCGCGCCGGCUUCCCUCCUCCAGCCCUUCAGCGCAGGGCCCUGGGGUAACCCUGGGCAGGCGGAGACACGUCCCUGUCGUGCCCAGCCGGCUGCUCCGGUUAACAAGGAGCUGCAGGGAGCAGCCAGCCUGCUGGCGAGGGGUGGGCUAUACUCAUGAGCUAGAAGUGUUGUUGAAGCAAAAGCUUUGGUUUAUAUAUAUUUUUGUUGGUUUGUGUGUAAAUUUCAAUAAGUUUUCGUCUGAUAUUUGCAAGGGUUUUUUUAUAUAUAUUAUAUAUAUAUAUAUAUAUAUGUGAAAAUAAAGUCAAAAGCUCAAA